CAAUAUUAACACAUGAAUGAAUGGAGUUGGGUCUUUGAGAAUAAUGGACUUGGAUAUAUUUAAAGUAUUCCAUAUAGUGUCUGGAUUUGGAAAAGUGAAUUAUAUCAUUUGUUAUAUAUUUAAGUAUAUAGUUCAUAAGCUUCUAUGGUAUAACUGGCAUAUGGUUGUCAUUAGCCUAGCUGGCUUCAUAUAGACAUCCUACCUUCCCCCAUCAUGGCAAAUGAAGAUAUAAGGUUACAUGUUGUAAGAUGUAAACGUAUUUUAGUUAGGAAUAUAAUUCUUUCUGUAGACUACAGUAUUUCUAUGUAUAUGUAUAUAUAUAUGUAUGUAUAUAUAUAUAUGUAUAUUUGAUUUGGAUGUUAAAGGACAUUUGUCUUAUAUAGGUUAAAAUGUAGCUACUUAUUCACAGCUUACAGCCCUAUCCUCAGGAAUUUGAGAGUAAUUGACCCUCUCUUUCUCUUCUAAGGAAGAUUUGAAUUUGGCGCGUUUUUUGUAGAACAAGUCAAAAAUGAACCGUUACAUGACGUAUUUUUAGAAGGGUGGGGGUAGGUUAUAUUUGGGCUCUCUCUUCUCUUGAAUGCGACACACACUCAAGCUCACACUUGGAAAUGAGCUGACAUGGUAGAUCACGCUCACGCACACUUAGAAGAAGGCUGACAUAGCCACACACACACAUACAAAGAUAUAUAUUUGAUUCAACUUUCAUUUCAAGAUUAAGAAACUUAUUGAUGCUAUUUUUUAUAUUCUACAAUUGAUGAUAUUCAUGUGAUAUUUUACUAUUUUAUCAUUAAAUACAUUUUGGAGUUUUUACACAAGAACGGAACGGAUUUUCUUGGAACUUUUCUCAUCAAUAUGAAUAUCGAUUAUUAAUAUAAUAAUACCGAUAUACUGACUUUAUUUCAAUGGCGAGCCUUAGCCAGAAUCGAUUUGCUUGAAUAUCGAACGUUUUUGAAUUAUUUCUCCUAUCGCUUGUCGAGAGGGAAAACAAGCAUUGAUCAUGCAGACAAGCUUCAAGGAGAAAUAAAAACGAAAGAACUUUCAGCAUCAUCGAAUGGAUCUGGAAACAUAGAAUUAUUUGGUGAAGAAGUUUACAUACGUAAGAAAAUCCUGUUUCUUGAUGACGUAAUUUUCCGUAAAGAGAGGGAAAGCGUGAAAGAAGUCGUCCUAAAUUGGUAAGUAAUGGAUUUUAUUAAUGAAUUAUCUAGUGAGAGUAAUUUAGAAUUCAAAAAUCUGUCAAAAUUUGUUAAAGAUGAUGAAUUAUGGAGGUACAUGUUCAAUGAAUGCUUACAAUCUAAUAUUGAGAUCCAAAAGUCAAAAUUUACUUUUAAGAAAUUCAGCAAACAGAUUAGGAAUUUGAUGAAGCUUGUUAAAGUUUUUGAUGCAAUGAUUUUAGCUCCUGAAAGGAAUGAUAAUUGUGCAACAGGGAAGGACAAUAGUCUAUGUACUAAAUGUUCAAUUUUGACUGAACGAAUAGAUGAUUUGCAAAGUGCAAUUCAAAUAAAAGAUAUUCAGUUGUUGGAAUUACAGAAUAAUGUAAUGUUUAAAGCAGAGUUAAGCUACAGUAAUGAUAGUGAUGAUUCUAAGAAAAAGUCUGUUGUGCCGGUAAAGCGGUCAAUUGGAAAAUAUGACCAGGAACUUGAAGUUUUGUUUAAAACUAAAGUAAUGAAUAAAGAUACAAUAUGUACAGAAAGUCUAGAUAGACAGAGUUUAAACACACAAAGGAAAGAUGGAGAAAUCAGAGUUGCCACUUGUAUGGCCACACCCAGAUAUGAUGAGAUUCACGUCACAGACAGAAUUGAGCAGACAGGAAAUGCUAAUUGCUUUCAGAGUAAAGAAAGUGGAUAUGUGAAAGAACAAACAUUGGAAUUAGGAAAGGAGGAACAUUUUGAGAAAUUUGUUCAUCCUUGUUCAAAGUCGAUUGACUUGCCUUAUGCCUCAGAAGUCAAGCAGAUCAGUACAUUGACUGUUAAUGACAGUUCAAUCAAUAAGACAAACAAUACUGACAAUGAGAUAAAUGGAUUACUUCCAUUGACUAAAUCAAGGAAAAAAGAAGUUUUAACUUCUCCAACAUUAAAUUAUGUUGCUCCAAUUUUAAUAGAUCAGUCUAUUUACAGUAAUGUUGGGAACAUUUCUACAGCAGUCGCUGACAUGUCUUCAGAUUUUAAAUGGCCUCAUACAAAAGCCAAUCUUGUAUUGGAGAAAUUGGUUCAAACACAUAAAAGUCUUUGGAGUCAGACCAAAAAUGACACAGGUGUGUUUAAAGAUAUUGAAAUUGAUAUUGAAGGAAAAGAUCCCAAACCUCAAAGUCAAAAUAAGUUGCCACAAGAAGCAAUAGGUCCAGUUUCUGACAUUGUACAAGAAUUUUUACAGCAAGGAAUAUUAAAGAAAACACGAUCUGUGGUAAAUAAUUGCAUUUGGCCUAUCAAGAAUGCUGAUGAUGAGUAUAUGUUAUCAGUUGAUGUAAGAGCAUUGAAUAAGUGCAUUACAAAUGACACACCUAUUAUUCCUGAUUUAAAUUUAAUGUCACACAUGGAUGCCAAGGCUAAAAUAUUUUCUGUAUUGGAAAUAGCCAACAGUACGUUUUCAGUACCAUUAACUAAAAGCUGUCAAUAUAAACUUGCAUUCAGCUUUAAUAAAGAAACCUAUGCAUUCACUAGAUUAAUUCCAGGAUUGGACAUUAGUGAUGGCAUAGUACAUGAGAGUUUGCAGGAAGUAUUAUCUAAAUUCUCUAGACCAGAAUGUAUUUUCCAGCAUGUGGACAAGUUUUUGUUGACCACAGAAACUACAGAAGAGCACAUUACUCUUUUGUCAGAGUUAUUUUCGCUAUUAGAAACAGCAGGGCUGAAACUGAAUACUGAACUAGUUCAAUUGAUGAGAAGUCAUGUAAUAUUCAUGCACAUGCAAAUUAGUCAUGGACAUAGAAGAUUAUCACAGGAAAAAAUCAGAAAAGUUUCUGCUUUUCCAGUUCCAACAUCUUACAAGGCAUUACAUAAAUUUUUGAACGAAAUAAAGUGUUGCAAAGAGUUUUUACAGAAGUAUGAUGAUAAAGUUAAACCAUUAUUUGAUUUGUUGAGAGAAAAAGAUGAUGUGUUUGAUAAAUGGGGUCAACCCCAGACAGAUGCCUUUAAAAUGUUGAAAUGGGAUGUGCAGAAUGCUCAUUCAUUGAGUACAAUUGAAAUUGGUCCAUCUAUGUCUGUGAGAUUGUACACUGAUUUAUCAGAGAAUUCGAUUUCAGUUACUUUGUCACAAUUAAAAAACGGUAAACAGAAAAUAAUAGGAUAUUUCUCCAGAGGUUUGACAAAUAUGGAAAAGACAUUUGAUGCACAUACUAAGCAAUUGUUAAGUCUUUAUUUUGCAGUUAAAGUAACAGAAAAGAUUGUGAGAUCUAGUCAGAUCAUAUUACCGACAUCUGAUCAAUCAUUAAAACUUCUCCUACAGAGAAUUAAUUCAGGAGAAUUAUAUGACAGAUAUUGCCCAUUUGUUAAAACGUUACAAUCUAAAUCUAUACAGGUAGAUUUAAUAACAGAACAUGUUCAGCAAAGUGUACAAAAGGAUGUUUUUAGAACUGCUGAGAGAGGUUUUAAGCCAGUAUUUGUUGAUGAUAUCAAGAUUCAUUCAGCAGGUUAUUCUAUGUGCUACUCAAAAAAUAUCAUUCAGCCAAAAUUCUACAGAAAAUGCUGAAUUGGAAGAUAAAAAUUACAGUACAGCACGCAUUACUCUGAAAUUUGUAGGGCAGAAGUGAAUGGAUAUAUUUCAUUUCAGUCCUCUGGGUUGAUUGAAAACAUUUCUGUGUUUGUUAAAACAAUGUUUUGAGUCAUGACAAAAAAAGAGAAAUUGCGUCUUGUAAUAUUUAAAAUACACAGAAAAUAGUAUAAGAAGUAUAGGCCUAGUUUAAGAAAAAUAAAGUCAAGUAAGGCAAUUACAAAUGUUAUAAUCAAAAUAUGUUUUUCAUGUCAUGAUGAAAUAUUAGGAUAUAUAAAAUGUAUUUUUUCAUUCAAAAAAAUUGAUGCUGCAUUCUUUUACAGGAUCUGACUUAUGAGUCACCAAAAGAAGAGAAAUGUCAUAUUUCUAAGAUCUUCCAAAUGCAAACAAGCCCUUUGAAACUUAAGAAUAUAGUUCUGGGAGAAGAUGACAUAUGAGAUUCAUUCGUCAUAAUUAUUGUUGUCUUUCUAUGUUCAAUAAAGUUUUCAACUUUACAGUACAGGAGUACAAGAGGAAGAAAAAGAAAGAAGAAUCAAUACCUCUAAUGAGAGGGAAAUUUCUAAAAACAAUUGACUUUUUAUUUUUGACGACUGAUGAUAUAAUUUUAUCCAUCAGAUAUAUUGUAGUUUUUAUAUAUGAACUUUUUAUGUGACGAGAUAUGUUUUUCAUAUCAAGAAGAGAUAUUUGUUACACACCAAUUUUUAAAACACAUGUAGUGUACUUUCAGAGUUGAAAGGGUUAAACUUUUUUUACAAUGAAGUCUAGUUAGUAGGAACAUCUGGUGUUAAUUAAGAUAGAGUACAUGUUUCUUAAAGGUACAUAAACAAGAUAGGAUUAACUUUACCUUGUAAUAUGCAUUUAGUUUUGAAGUCAUCUCACACAUAUGAACAAAUUGAAGUUAGGAACAUAUUUUAUAUUUACAUUUUGACAAGGUUAUUAGAAAUAUUGCAUGGAUUAUAGUUAAAUAUACUGAACAUAAUUUGGAGGGAAAAUAUGAAACAUAUAUUUCUGAAGUGACAUUCAUACUUCAAAGUAUUGUACAACUAUGUUACAUUCAUGAAUUUAGGAAUAUUAAGGGGGUUGAUUUUAUGACAAAA